CGUGGUCCAGGAAGUGUACCAGGACUUCUUGGGUCAUGUGACGGUUCUGUCAGACUUCACCUGUGACCCCACUGACCCCGAUGACCAGAGCUUCCAGCUGCAGCUGGCCCAGUUCCAGGCUCAGGUGUGGGACCUGGAGAGGCGUCUGGUGUCCGUCCUCAGCACGGCUUUUGAGGACUGCAGCUCCGUCUCGUCUGCAGCAAAGCUGGCGAAGAUGUUCGGCUUCAUCCUGGUCCGCCCUGGGAUCCAGGAUCAGCUGCGUCCUCACCUGCGGCGCCUGGUACAGAUGGUUCUGGAGGAGCUGGAUCACACGGAGCGCCUGUUCCACAGUCAGAGAGAGAGACCCGGACACGUUGGGCCGCUUCCCCCCGAGGGCUGCAGCCACGCUCUGCUGGAGCCGGCAGCUCAAGCUCCGAGCUGGAGACACACUGGGACACUUCACUGCUGUCCAGAACCUGUACCAGGACUCCGGUGUGUCCCAGCAGGUUCUGCAGAGGUUCCAGCAGGUUGUGGAUGUCCUGCAGGACUUCGGAGACGGCGUGCGGUCCGCCUGGAGCUCCCAGCUGGACUCAGACUGUGGAUUCAUCCUGCAGCAACCUCUGCUACAACACAACCAGCAAGGCAUGCUGGGAGUCAACUGCAGCUACAAGCUGGAGGCGGUGCUGAGGCAGCUGCGGUGCGUGAGCAGGGAGACAGAUGUGGAGCUCCACCCUCUCGCUGCUCGACUCUACACCUGCAUAGAUGACAUCACACAGAGCUACCUGAGCCUGAGUCGCACCAUGUCCUGCUACAGCCAGGCGGUGAGUGACGCGCCGCAGGAGGAGAUCCCUCUGACCCAGAACCAGCUGCAGGACCUGAACCGGACUCUGUCGGACCUGCAGAGAACCACCUGGAGCUGUGAAGGUGUACUCCAGCUGGUGGAGCAGCAGAGACACAGAGUGAUGAUGUUCCACGCCACAGUGAGCCAGGCCAGAGCCAACAUGGACGCCAUGACACGAAUCAUACAGGGAUGGGCGGAGCUUCAGCUGCUGCAGCGAUCAGCUGACUCGCUGCUGGAGGGCGGAGCCACAGAGCAGAGCUGCCGACGAAUCCGAGACGAGGGACAGGAGCUGCUCCGGCUCACACAGGUGAACAGGAGUCUGUACGCUGCGGAGGACUCCUCAGAGUCCUGGAUCACAUAUCUGGACCACAUCGACGACAAGGUCCAGCACGGACUGUUCCACAUGCUGCUGAGAUCACUGCACUUCCUGUCUGACAACAUGAACCCACAGUGUGUAUCAAGCUCCAGCUCUGUGUUUCUGGCCAUCAGUCUCCAGCUGCAGGAGACAGGAAGUGUGUUUGAGCCGUCAGUGGGAGGCGGCCUCACUGACCUCCUGAAGAGCAUCAUCUCUGACAUUUACACCGCCGCCAGUUUGCCGCCCAGGAUCUCUGUGAGUCGCCACGGCAACUACCAGGAGUGUCUGCAGAAGAACCCAGAGCUGUGUGCGUUGGAACAGGAAGUGAUGCGUGUCCUGGUGCAGGUGCGGGAGGAGGCGGGGCUUCUGAAGCUGCAGCUGGACCGGUUCUCCUUCCUGUGGACGCGGGACCGGACGGCCGCGAUGGACGAGUUCCUCACGUACAGCCGCCAGCUGGGACGGGACGAGAUGGAGGCAGACCAGGUCCCACCAGCACUCAGGGACUUCAGCAGAGAGAUCGAGUCUCUCGACAGACUGAGAGCCGAGGUGACUCAGCUGGAUGAUGUGGUGGUCCUCCACAGCUGGCUCCAGGUAGACCUGCGUCCCUUCAGAGACUCGCUGCUGUCUGUCCUCCACCACUGGAGACACCUGUACACAGACUACCUGCUGAGAGCUGUCAGCGACAGUCUUAAGGAGGUGACCCAGCGUGGUGAAGAUGAAGAGUCCUCCUCUUCCUCCAGGUUCCCUCUGACAGAAACCAUCCUCCUGCUGGAAGCUGCAGGCGUCGAGCUGCCUGAACACAUGGCGGCUCAGCUACAGUGUUGAUGACCUGAAGAGGAAACUUCGCUCCAGUGUUGAGUUUAUUUAUUGAUUAUUGUUCAGACGUGAGGAUUAAAAGUUGAGUAAAUCCUGA